AUGGCGGGUAAAAAUAAUGGACACAGUCAUCAUCUCCAGUACCACUACCAUACCAUCACCUCCACUACCACUACCAUCACCUCCACUACCACUACCAUCACCUCCACUACCACUACCAUCACCUCCACUACCACUACCAUCACCUCCACUACCACUACCAUCACCUCCACUACCACUACCACUACCAUCACCUCCACUACCACUACCAUCACCUCCACUACCACUACCACUACCAUCACCUCCACUACCACUACCACUACCAUCACCUCCACUACCACUACCAUCACCUCCACUACCACUACCAUCACCUCCACUACCACUACCAUCACCUCCACUACCACUACCACUACCAUCACCUCCACUACCACUACCACUACUAUACCAUCACCCACUACCACUACCAUCACCUCCACUAACACUACCAUCACCUCCACUACCACUACCAUCACCUCCACUACCACUACCAUCACCUCCACUACCAUUACCACUACCAUCACCUCCACUACCACUACCAUCACCUCCACUACCAUCACUACCACUACAGCACUACCAACCAUCACCUCCACUACCACUACCAUCACCUCCACUACCACUACCAUCACCUCCACUACCACUACCACUACCAUCACCUCCACUACCACUACCACUACCAUCACCUCCACUACCACUACCACUACCACUACCAUCACCUCCACUACCACUACCAUCACCUCCACUACCACUACCAUCACCUCCACUACUACUACCACUACCAUCACCUCCACUACCACUACCACUACCAUCACCUCCACUACCACUACCAUCACCUCCACUACUACUACCAUCACCUCCACUACUACUACCAUUACCACCACUACCACUACCACUACCAUCACACCUCUCACUUCUACAUCAGGCACAGUCAUCACCUCUACUACCACUACCAUCACCUCCACUUCCACUACCACUACCAUCACUACCACCACACUCUUCACAUCCAAACUGGCCUCCAGACCCAGCCCAGAAAUGAUUACCACAUCUGUCACAAUGUCUAUCCCUAUAAUCACCAAUACACUUCCCAAAUAG